UCGCGAGAGGCUCUCGUGAGCCAGGGGGCUGGCAUUGCCCCAAGCUCUGCGCCGGGGAAGCCCAGCUCCGGCUCUCAUUGGACUGCGGCGAGGAGCAAAAUUGUCAGCCCAUGUGGCGUGGCCACCGGAGGUGGUGGCUGUUUAAAUAGGCGUUUGGGAGCUAGAGGGAGACAGUGAGAAAGGGACUGGGAGCGCACAGACGCGCACACACGCCCGGCGAAGCCAGCCUCAGUGCGCAUCAAACGCCCGAAGAGGAAAGAAAGAAAGAGCCAGCCAGCCAGCCAACCAACGAGAGAGGCAGCUCGCCAGCCGGCGGCAGGAGUACCAUCAGCACAGCGCGCCUCUCUCUCUCUCUCUCUCUCGCCCCUUCGCCAGCCUUCAGCGGGUGCCGCAUCCUCUCUCUCUCCCCAGCACGGAUCCCGUGUGGCCAGCCAAGCAUCUAGCCGACCCCAAGGCCCUGAGCAGAGACAAGCUCAGCAAUGGAGGAAGUGGUGAUUGCAGGCAUAGCAGGGAAACUUCCAGAGUCUGAAAACUUACAGGAGUUCUGGGAAAACUUGAUCAAUGGAGUGGACAUGGUCACAGAAGAUGACCGGCGAUGGAAACCAGGAAUCUAUGGACUGCCCAGAAGAAAUGGAAAACUCAAGGACAUCAGCAAAUUUGAUGCCUCCUUUUUCGGAGUUCAUCCAAAGCAGGCUCACACAAUGGACCCCCAACUCCGUCUGCUGCUUGAAGUCUCUUACGAAGCCAUUUUGGAUGGUGGUAUGAAUCCAGCUGCCCUUCGGGGUACAGAUACAGGUGUGUGGAUUGGUGUGAGUGGGUCAGAAGCAGGUGAAGCAUUUAGUGUAGACCCUGAACAGCUGCUGGGCUACAGUAUGACUGGCUGUCAACGUGCUAUGUUUGCCAACAGAAUUUCCUACUUCUUUGACUUCAAAGGCCCAAGUAUGUCCAUAGACACAGCAUGCUCCUCUGGCCUUGUGGCUCUGGAUAGUGCAUACAAGGCAAUCAGCAGUGGGGAAUGCGAAUCAGCCCUUGUAGGAGGAGUCAACCUCAUCCUGAAGCCCAACACCUCCGUACAGUUCAUGAAGCUUGGCAUGCUUAGUCCUGAAGGUGCCUGCAAAUCCUUUGAUGCUUCAGGGGAUGGAUAUUGCCGCUCAGAAGCCGUCGUUGUUGUUUUCCUGACCAAGAAAUCAUUAGCCAAACGGACAUACGCCACCAUAGUCAAUUCUGGGUGUAACACUGAUGGAUUUAAAGAGCAAGGUGUAACGUUCCCAUCUGGGUGGAUGCAGCAACAGUUGGUUGGCUCUCUAUACAGAGAGUCUGGGAUUAAGCCUGAGGACGUGGAAUAUAUAGAAGCUCAUGGCACAGGCACUAAGGUUGGGGAUCCUCAAGAAGUGAAUGGCAUUGUCAGUGUCUUUUGCCAAUCAGAUCGACCACCACUGUUGAUUGGGUCAACAAAAUCUAACAUGGGCCAUCCAGAACCUGCCUCUGGCCUCGCAGCUUUGGCAAAGGUGGUUCUGUCUUUGGAACACAAUCUGUGGGCACCAAACCUUCACUACAAGACCCCAAAUCCGGAUAUUCCUGCCUUACAAGAUGGACGCGUCCAAGUUGUUACCAAGCCAACUCCCACAAAAGGUCACUUAGUUGGUAUCAAUUCCUUUGGCUUUGGAGGCUCAAAUGCCCACAUAAUCCUGAGGCCUAACAGCAAGAGAUCACCCCUUCCUGAGACUCCUCACUUGCCACAAUUGGUACAAUUUUGUGGAAGGACUCAAGAAGCAGUAGAGACAUUAAUAGAAAAGACUAGAAAUCUUCAGGGACAUGCAGCAUUUGUAAGCAUGCUCAACGAUAUCUCUGGGGUGGCUGUGUCAUCCAUGCCUUACAGGGGCUACACCUUGAUUGGCAGUGAGAAUGAUGUGAAGGAGGUUGAGAAGGCCCAGUCCUCAGGGAGGCCUCUGUGGUACAUCUGCUCAGGCAUGGGAACCCAGUGGAAAGGCAUGGGGCUUAGCUUAAUGAAGCUUGAUCUUUUCCGUCAGUCCAUUUUGCGUUCAGAUGAGGCUCUGAAAGACACAGGUCUGAAGGUGUCUGAUUUACUCCUGCAUGCGGACGAGAACACAUUUAAUGAAACAAUUAAUGCAUUUGUUGGACUUGCUGCUAUUCAGAUUGCACAGAUCGAUCUUUUGAAGGCCAUGGGCUUGCAGCCAGAUGGGAUUGUUGGACACUCAGUAGGAGAGCUAGCCUGCGGCUAUGCAGACAGCUCCUUAAGUCAUGAAGAGGCCAUUCUUGCUGCCUAUUGGAGAGGGCGAUGCAUCAAAGAUGCAAAAUUACCACCAGGAGGCAUGGCUGCUGUUGGUCUGACAUGGGAGGAGUGUAAGCGCAGGUGCCCUGCAGGAGUGGUGCCUGCUUGCCACAAUGCUGAAGAUACUGUCACUAUUUCAGGUCCUCAGGAUUUGGUGGCUCAGUUUGUGUCCAAGCUGAAAACAGAAGGUGUGUUUGCCAAAGAGGUGCUCAGUGCUGGAGUUGCCUUCCACUCAUACUAUAUGGCCUCUAUUGCACCGGUGCUGCUUAGUGCCCUGCAGAAGGUUAUUCCCAAUCCAAAGCCACGUUCACCACGCUGGAUCAGUACCUCCAUUCCUGAAUCUCAGUGGCAAACUGAGCUGGCUCAGAAUUCAUCCGCUGAGUACCAUGUAAAUAACCUUGUGAGCCCCGUCUUGUUCCAGGAAGGUCUGAGACAUAUACCAGAAAAUGCUGUUGUGGUGGAGAUUGCCCCGCAUAGCCUUCUACAGGCAAUCCUGAGGAGAGCUUUGAAGCCAACCUGCACUGUUUUACCCUUGAUGAAGAGAGAACAUAAAAACAACUUGGAAUUCUUCCUGACAAAUAUUGGAAAAAUCUACAUGACAGGAAUAAAUGUCCUUGCAAACAAUUUGUUUCCACCCGUUGAAUAUCCUGCUCCUCUGGGAACUCCACUCAUCUCUCCUUAUAUUCUGUGGGAUCACAGCCAGGUGUGGGAUGUCCCCAAAGCAGAAGACUUCCCAGCAGGCUCUGGGAGCUCUGGAGCAGCAACAGUCUACAACAUUGAUGUGAAUCCUGAAUCGCCUGACUAUUAUUUGGUGGGUCACUGUAUUGAUGGCAGAGUUCUGUACCCAGCAACCGGGUACCUAGUAUUAGCCUGGCGCACUCUGGCACGCUCUCUGGGGACCUCCAUAGAAGAACUGCCCGUCAUGUUUGAAGAUGUCACCAUCCAUCAAGCAACUAUACUUCCUAAGAAAGGUUCAACACAACUAGAGGUGAGACUCAUGCCUGCCUCGCAGUGUUUUGAGGUGUCUGGAAAUGGAAAUCUGGCUGUAAGUGGAAAAAUCUCUGUUUUGGAAGAGACUGCACUGAAUAACUUUCGUAACCAGCAGACUGACUUAGGAAGCCAGGCAAAUACUGGCUCAGAAAUAUGCUUAUCAAAGGGGGACAUUUACAAAGAACUUCGCCUGCGUGGUUAUGAUUAUGGGUCCGCUUUUCAGGGGCUCAUAGAAUCCAAAGGGAAUACAGGGAAGGUGUUGUGGAAUGGGAACUGGGUGACUUUCCUUGACACUCUGCUGCAUUUGAUCAUCUUGGGGGAAAUGGGAAGAAGCCUGCGCUUGCCCACCCGAAUCCGCUCUGUGUGCAUUGAUCCAAAGCUACACAAAGAGCGUGUGUACAAAUACACUGAAGAGAUUGAAGCUUUGGAUGCUGUUGUGGAUCGCUGCCUUGAUACCAUCGCAGUAGGAGCUGUUCGGAUCUCUGGCCUUCAUGCUAGCGUGGCUCCUCGGCGGCAGCAAGAGCAGACUCCUCCCACCCUUGAGAAAUUUGGCUUUGUGCCCUACGUUGAGAACGAUUGCUUGUCCUCCAAUGCCCUGCUUAACUCCAACUUUGAACAUUGCAAAGUGUUGAUCAAGAAUUUACAGAAGAAGAUAGCAAAGCAUGGGGUCAAGUUGGCUAUCCCAGGGCUAGAGACCGUAAAGGCCACGGAACAGACAGAACCCAGACAGAAGGGUCUUGUGCACAUACUUGCUGAAAUCUGCCGCCUGGAGUUAAAUGGAAACCUGUAUUCAGAGCUACAACAGGUUGUGACUCGAGAGAAGCAGCAUCUUCUAGAAGAUCCUCUUCUUAAUGGCCUACUGGAUUUUGCUGAACUGAAAACCUGUGUAGAUGUAGCACUGGAGAACAUCACUGGCUAUAGGAUGAAGAUAGUAGAGGCUCUGGCAGGAGAUGGGCACUUGUACUCACGGGUUACAAGCAUCUUAAACACUCAGCCUAUGCUGCAACUAGACUAUACGGCCACCGAUCGGACAUCAGCAAUCCUGGCAUCAAAGGAAAGUCAACUGCAAGAAAUUGGGGUUUCUACUGACCAGUGGGACCCUUCCAGUCCUCCUCCUGGAAGUCUGGUGAAAGCAAAUCUCCUGGUUUGCAAUUGCGCACUGAACCUGUUCACGAAUCCAGAAGAAGUACUCUCCAACAUGGCAGCUACUGUGAAAGAGGGUGGCUUUAUCUUGUUGCAUACUCUUCUGAAAGGAGAAACCUUGGGAGAAAUAGUUGGAUUCCUCACAUCUCCAGAGCUGGAAGAGAAAACAGGUCUCCUGACUCAGGUGGAGUGGCAGGAUUUAUUUAGCAAGGCCAGUUUGAAUUUGGUAGCUAUGAAAAGAUCAUCCUUUGGUGCAGCCAUCUUCUUAUGCCGUCGACCACUUCCUGCCAACAAGCCCAUUUUCCUGCCUGUGGAUGAAACUGAUUACAAAUGGGUGGAACCUUUGAAGGAAAUGCUUGCAGAGUCUUCUGAGCAGCCCGUGUGGCUCACUGCUACCAGCUGUGGAACUUCAGGAGUUGUGGGCAUGGUGAACUGUCUACGCCAAGAACCUGGGGGCCACAAGAUCAGGUGCCUUUUUGUUUCAAACCUGAGCGCUACUUCCCCUAAUCCCCCCAUCAGCCCUUCUGCCAAGGAGAUGCAAACAAUUCUGCAGAAUGACCUGGUGAUGAAUGUUCAUCGUGAUGGAAAGUGGGGCUCUUUCAGACAUCUUCCAUUAAAACAAGCUCAGCCUCAAGAACUGACUGAAUAUGCAUAUGUGAAUGUAUUGACCCGUGGGGAUCUUUCCUCCCUUUGCUGGAUUACUUCUCCAUUGCGUCAUUUCUACACAGCCAAUCCAAAUAUUCAGCUUUGCAAAGUCUAUUAUGCAUCUCUCAACUUCCGUGACAUUAUGCUGGCUACAGGAAAACUAUCCCCAGAUGCCAUCCCAGGAAACUGGGCACUGCAGCAGUGCAUGUUGGGAAUGGAAUUCUCGGGCCGUGACCCUACAGGAAAAAGAGUGAUGGGACUGCUGCCAGCUAAAGGGUUAGCCACAGUGGUAGACUCUGAAAAGAGGUUCCUUUGGGAAGUGCCACAAAACUGGACUCUGCAAGAAGCAGCCUCUGUACCCGUGGUCUAUGCCACUGCUUACUAUUCUUUGGUGGUUCGAGGGGGUAUGAAGAAAGGCGAGUCUGUGCUCAUUCAUUCAGGCUCAGGCGGUGUGGGCCAAGCAGCCAUUGCUAUUGCCCUAAGCAUGGGCUGCCGGGUCUUCACUACUGUAGGUUCUAAAGAGAAGCGUGAAUAUCUCCAAAAAAGAUUCCCCCAACUGGAUGCAAACAGCUUUGCCAGUUCUAGAAAUACCUCCUUUGAACAACAUGUGCUGCAAAUCACUAAUGGCAGAGGUGUUGACCUGGUGUUGAACUCCUUGUCAGAAGAGAAGCUCCAGGCCAGUCUGCGUUGCCUGGCUCGACAUGGGCGCUUCCUGGAAAUAGGAAAAUAUGACCUAUCCAACAACACACCCCUUGGAAUGGCCCUUUUCCUGAAGAACGUGGCUUUCCAUGGGAUCCUCUUAGAUGCCAUUUUUGAAGAAGGAAACAAUGAGUGGGAAAUUGUGUCAGACUUGUUGAAGAAUGGCAUAAAAGACGGUGUAGUAAAACCUCUGAAGACUACUGUUUUCAAAAGAGAAGAGGUAGAAGCCGCUUUCAGAUAUAUGGCCCAAGGAAAGCACAUUGGAAAAGUUGUGAUUGAGGUCCAAGAAGAAGAAAAGCAAAACCCCACCAAGGAAGCUAAAGAAACCCAGAUUCUUGCCAUCUCUCGAACUUCUUGCCCACCAAAUAAAUCAUAUAUCAUCACAGGAGGCCUGGGUGGAUUUGGGUUGGAACUGGCUCAAUGGCUGGUGGAAAGAGGAGCAAAAAAGUUGGUGCUGACAUCUCGUUCUGGCAUUCGAACAGGUUACCAGGCUAAAAGGGUUCAAGAGUGGAAACAUCUUGGAAUCAAAGUUCUUGUCUCAACCACUGAUGUUGCUACCUUGGAGGGAGCACAACACUUAAUAGAAGAAGCCUCUCAGCUUGGGCCAGUUGGGGGCAUCUUCAACUUGGCUAUGGUCUUGAAGGAUGCUAUGCUGGAAAACCAGACUCCAGAGCUUUUCUGUGAAGUCAACAAACCCAAGUAUUCAGGCACCCUUAAUCUUGACCAAGUAACCCGUCAAAAGUGUCCUGAACUGGACCAUUUCGUAGUCUUUUCCUCAGUAAGCUGUGGAAGAGGUAACGCUGGGCAGAGUAACUAUGGGUUUGCCAAUUCUACCAUGGAGCGCAUCUGUGAACAGCGACAGCACGAUGGACUCCCAGGCCUAGCUGUACAAUGGGGGGCUGUUGGUGAUGUGGGCGUCGUCUUGGAAACCAUGGGCAGUAAUGACACUGUGGUUGGAGGAACUCUACCCCAGCGGAUCAGCUCAUGUCUAGACGUUCUGGAUCAUUUUCUCAAUCAGCCUCACCCUGUCAUGUCCAGUUUCGUUUUGGCAGAAAAGGUGUUGACAAAAAGUGAUGGGGGCAACCAGAAGGACCUUGUGGAAGCAGUUGCUCACAUUCUUGGGGUCCGUGAUGUGAAUAGCCUGAAUGCUGACACUAGCCUGGCCGACCUGGGUUUGGAUUCCUUGAUGGGGGUAGAAGUACGUCAGACCCUGGAAAGGGACUAUGACCUCGUCAUGACAAUGAGAGAUGUCAGAGCACUUACCAUUAACAAGCUGCGGGAAUUUUCUUCCAGAUCCAGCUCCUCAGACACAUCUUCCCAAGAGUCGAAAGGUAAUCAGUCGGAGCAGCCCAAAGUGGACUUCAGUGUACUCUUGGUUAAUCCAGAUGGGCCCACUAUUGUACAGCUGAACGAUGUGAGGAGUAUGGAGCCUGCUCUUUUCCUCAUUCACCCCCUUGAGGGAUCUGUUACAGUCUUCAAUACUCUGGCCUCUAAGCUCCACACGCCAGUCUAUGGACUUCAGUUCACCAAAGAUGCUCCCCUGGACAGCAUACAGAGCCUGGCAUCCUAUUACAUUGACUGUAUCAAGCAGGUACAGCCAGAAGGCCCCUACCGUAUUUCUGGAUACUCCUUUGGUGCCUGUGUCGCCUUCGAAAUGUGUUGUCAGCUCCAAGCUCAACAGAAUCCCUCCCAUUUGCCUAACAGCCUCAUCUUGCUGGAUGGCUCUCAUUCCUAUGUCGCAGCACACACACAGAGCUACAGGGCCAAGCUAACUCCAGGAAAUGAGGCAGAAGCAGAGACUGAAGCAUUGUGCGCCUUUGUGCAGCUGUUCACUGGCAUGGAGUACAAUAAGUUGCUGGAGGUUCUCCUGCCUCUGCCAAAUCUGGAAGCUCGUGUGAGAGCCGCUGUGGACCUCAUAACCCAGAAUCACAAAGGCAUCAGCUGUGAGGCCCUCACCUUUGCUGCUACUUCCUUUUACCACAAACUGAAGGCUGCAGACAAGUAUUUACCAGAGUGCAAGUAUCACGGCAAUGUGACGCUACUGAAAGCAAAGACCUGUAAUGAAUUUGGAGAAGGUCUCGGAGGGGACUACAAACUUUCAGAGGUCUGUGAUGGGAAAGUAUUUGUCCAUGUUGUUGAAGGGGACCAUCGCACCAUCCUGGAAGGAGAGGGUGUUGAGUCAAUGACUGGAAUCAUUCACAGCUCACUAGCAGAACCUCGGGAUAGCGUUCGAGAGGGCUAGAUAAAUUCAUAAACUCUCCUGGGGUGGCUGGAGAGAAUUCAGACCCAAUGACAGCCCUAAGGAACUCUUCCUGCAGUCCAAAGUAUCAUCUGCUCUGCAGCCACAUCUAAGAAACUCUACUGACCAGCACCCACCUACCCCAUUCAGUACAGUGACAUUAUUUUUGCACUGUUGCAAGGAUAUAUGCCGGUGGUAACCAUUCACACCCUUUGUCAGUGUGACAAAGAAAAUUACAAGCAGACAUGUCUCUUUGUGUGUGUGUGCGUGUGUAUGUAUGUAUGUUGUGUUAUGUAUUUUAUUGUAUUGUUCUGUAGAAGGUAUUCCAAAGGCUAAGUGAAACUAACCAAGCCUAGUGAGCAUGGAGGGAAGCUACAACUGAUUUUGGAGACACUUCUGUCUGUGAAGAGUCAGUGUGUAGCAGUAUCAGUAAGUUACGUCUGUUGAGGUUUUUGGAAUUAUGUUUUUUUAAUUUGAACUCUUCUAGAUAUUUAUUGCAUUGUUAACUUUCCCUUUUAAUAUGUCACUGACUAAAUGAUAGGGACAAAAUACUCCAUUGUGGAGAAUUCUUUUUUUGCCCAUGUCAGCUGGUUGCUUAAUUUCUAUUUUACAAAAUUUAAAUCCAAAUUCAUAUUCAAAGCCAUGUGGUCAUUUAGCUUGGAGGACAGCUUCCAGAGACAAGCAAGUCCUUCCUCCUCAGAGGGUGAGACAGCAUCUGCUAAGUUGCCAGUCCUUGACUCAGAGCUUUUUGGAAAGGACUGGUCAUUCUUAACAGGUAUCAUGCGAGCUUCUUAGCAGAAGCUGGAGGUAAAAAUAAAUACCUUCUGCAUGCAUCUGGGGGGGGUGCAGCUCCCUGGCCUCAAUAUCAUCCUUUUCCCCAAAUGCUUUUAAUCCAGUUUCUUCAUUUCCCUAUUUGCAUCUUGAAGAAUUAACUGUGAUUCAGAUUUCUUUCUGAUACAAACCUGAUUUGAUCUUUCCAUAGCUGAGCUGUUUCUUCCCCUUCCAAAAUAAUAAUAACAACAACAACAACAACAACAACAACAACAACAACAACAACAACAACAACAACAACAACAACAACAACAACAACACUCUGUAACACUAAUAUCUACCUAAAGCUCCUGUCUAAAAACAAAACAAAACAACAACAAAAAUUAGAGUCUGGUUGAAAAAAAACACCUCUUGCCUCUUUUGCAUUAUA